GUUAUAGGUAUCAAUAGUUGGCAAUUAUUUUCUUCAGUUUUUGUUCUACCUGUUACAUACAAAUACAAACAUGGAUAAAGACGUAGAUGUUGAGGCUCCUGUUACUAGAAAAUCAUUGAUCAUGCCCAAACUGCCGAAUGUUUUGAAUCUGGAGGAGAAGAAGUAUCUCUUAGCGGUCGAGAGAGGAGAUUUGGCCAAUGUUAGACGGAUGUUGCAAAAAGCCCACAGAAAAAAGUUGAUUAUAAACGUGAACUGUAUGGACAGCCUUGGUAGAAAUGCCUUGACGAUCGCUAUAGACCAAGAAAAUUUAGAAAUGGUUGAACUGCUGGUCGUUAUGGGAACAGAUACCAAAGAUGCCCUCCUCUACGCAAUAAGCGUUGAAUUUGUAGAAGCGGUCGAACUUUUAUUGGAGCACGAAGAACUUAUUCAUAAGGAAGGUGAACCUUAUAGCUGGCAAAAAUUAGAUGUUAACACUGCCAUGUUCACGCCAGAUCUGACCCCACUUAUACUCGCGGCACAUAGAAAUAACUACGAAAUUCUGAAGAUAUUACUAGAUAGAGGAGCAACGGUUCCAAUGCCCCAUGAUAUAAAAUGCGGAUGUGAAGAAUGUAUACGUGAAUCGGAAGAAGACUCUUUGAGACACUCCUUAUCGAGAUUAAAUGAAUAUAGAGCCCUAGCGAGUCCGUCUCUCAUAGCCCUUUCGUCCAGCGAUCCCUUGCUCACAGCGUUUCAGCUGUCGUGGGAAUUGAGGGGAUUAGCUUUUGCAGAGCCAGAAUGUAAGUCGGACUAUAUGGAGCUCAGGCUACAAUGUCAAAAAUUUGCCGUAGAUUUGUUGCACCAGUCAAGAAAUUCCCAAGAAUUGGCAAUAAUAUUAAAUCACGAUCCCGACAACCCUCCUUACGAGGAGGGAGAACACAUGAAGCUGGCUAGAUUGGAGCUGGCGAUUCAGUAUAAACAGAAAAAGUUCGUUGCUCAUCCCAACAUUCAACAGCUUCUAGCUGCUAUAUGGUAUGAGGGAGUACCGGGAUUUCGACGAAAAUCUUCAGUGGAAAAAGUUAUAAUAAUCGUCAAGACAGCGCUGCUGUUUCCUUUUUAUUGUUUACUGUACAUGUUUGCUCCUGAAACGAAAACUGGAAAGCUCAUGAGGAAACCGUUUAUGAAAUUUUUGAUACACGCAUCUUCCUACUUGUUUUUCUUAUUACUGCUGAUUUUGGUGUCGCUGAGAGCGGAUGAUCUCGUUUUUGAAUACUUCGGAUCUGACUCAAUGAAAGCUUAUGUGAUAGAGAAGUAUGAGAGGCAAAGAGGCAAUCCUCCAACCAUAUUGGAAUAUGCUAUUCUCUUAUAUGUUAUAGGUUUCAUAGUGGAAGAAAUCCAAGAAAUGCUGGUCGAGGGUAUUAAAUCCUACUUGCGAAAUCUGUGGAAUUUCAUAGAUUUCACCAGGAAUGUACUGUAUACUGCUGUCUUCGUUCUGCGGUUAGCAUCUUAUUUUCAGCAGACCGCAGAAAUUCGUGAGGAUCCUGCGACUGCGUAUAUAAGGAGGGAACAAUGGUAUGCAUUCGAUCCGCAGUUAAUCGCAGAGGGGCUGUUUGCUGGAGCUAAUAUUUUCAGUGCUCUGAAACUAGUCCAUCUCUUUUCCAUAAAUCCUCAUCUCGGUCCACUACAGAUAUCUUUGGGACGCAUGGUUAUCGAUAUUGUGAAGUUUUUCUUCAUUUAUACUUUGGUUCUGUUCGCCUUCGCCUGCGGUCUCAAUCAACUACUCUGGUACUUUUCCGAUUUAGAAAAGAAGAGGUGUUACCACUUACCAAAUGGGGAACCUGACUUUGAGGGAGCUGGUGAUUCUUGCAUGAAAUGGAGAAGAUUUGCCAACGUUUUUGAAUCGUCUCAGUCACUAUUUUGGGCAAGUUUUGGUAUGGUGGACCUUGAUAGUUUUGAACUGACCGGUAUAAAAACCUACACAAGAUUUUGGGGUCUUCUGAUGUUUGGUUCAUACUGUGUGAUCAAUGUGAUUGUACUACUGAAUCUACUGAUUGCGAUGAUGUCAAAUUCUUUUGCAGCGAUUGAUGAAGCUUCAGACACCGAAUGGAAGUUUGCCAGGACCAAACUGUGGAUGAGUUACUUCGACGAAACUGGCACUCUACCUCCUCCUUUCAACAUAUUUCCAAAACCGAAAAUGUUAUUGAAACUUUUUAGAUUGAGAAAAAAAGACAAAUUGAGAAGAAUGUCGACUAAGAGGAGGAACAGAGAAGAAAAAGAAAGAGAUUAUAGGUACACGGCAGUUAUGAGAGCACUUGUCUGGAGAUAUGUAACUGCCAUGCACAGAAAAUGUGAGGAAGCCGUUGUGACUGAAGAUGACGUGAAUGAACUCAAAGGCGAUAUCUCUUCGUUUCGAUAUGAAAUAUUGGAAGUACUUGGCAAAAAUGGAAUGGACAUAUCAUGUGCAGAAAAGAAAGAGAAAGCUGUACUCGGUAAAAAAAUGAAAGUUUGGGAGAGGCGAUUGAUGAAAGACUUCAAAGUGGGACCAGUUGCAACUGAGGAAGAAGAAGAAUUGUUUGCGAGUCCACCUGAAAACGAGAAUUCUCUAGCAAAAUUUAGAAGAAUUGCCAAGCUGGCAAUACUGGAUUCUGGUAUCAAUAAAUGGAGACAAGUGGUGAGAGGAGCCCAAAUUGCGUCUCAAAUUGGACGCUGUCAUACCAGAGAUUCUUUCAAGAAGCAACAAAACUUGCAAAAAGCCAUGGAGGAAGCCAAGAGAUUAGCAUCGAAAAGUCCAGAGAAUCUCUCAAGAGCGACAACUCCUAUAUUGUUGCCAGAUAUGACCGGGGCCGAUAUUAUGGAUUUGGUCAGAGGAGAAGACCAUUCAAAUUUAACGAAAAAAAUAGCAAGUCUGAGUCCAAGAGUCCAAGUUGUAAGGACUCGCCUCACUCCCACAAUCAAUAUAGAGCCUCCACCUGUUACAUCUAGCAAGAGUAUCAAAUUUGCUCAUUUUAGUAUAACAGAAGAGGAUGCAGAAAGCUUUGAAGAGUCUACCAAAAACAGUAAAGAUGAGCCAGAUUUAAUAAACCUUAAUAGUGAAAAAAAUUCUCCUCUGUCCACUUUAAAAAAAUCACCAAGUUCGUCUUCCAUAGAACUGUCGAACACAAAGGAUAAAGACUAUGAAGGUUCCAGUAGUGAUCAUCCAGAAAGUUCUCCAGUAUUGUCUUCCCAUCCAGUGGACACAAACAGUCCAAGCAGUCAUUCUGUUGGAAAAAAAUCAAUCGACUCUUAUAUUGAUCCCAAGAGAAAUGAAGAAAUUGAAGCUGAACUAGACGGAAUCUUCAAUACAUCGGAAGAGGAAGAUGAAACUGAAAAUUUGAAAGUGGAUUUGGAAAUUGCACGCAGUAAAAUUCCAGAUCUACGAAUGGAGAAUAAUUCGGAAGUACAAAGCCAGGAUACAUCUGGGAUAAUGUUUUCGACAAAAGAAAAGACUGAUGGUGGUGUCGAUGAAUUUAUAGGACCCAAGACGAGUAAUAAAAAUGAAAAUAUUCAAGAGAAAAGCGAACUCGAGGAGAUGGGUUCUCACAGAAGUAGUAAUUCCCCAAACAAUGAAGUACAUCAUGACACUUGUGUGACUAACAAACUACCAGAAGAUACUGAAAACAAGAGCUAUCGAUCAAAAGAUGAUCAAAACCCUCAACAAAAUCAUCCAGCUACAAACUCAACAGAAACUAUUAAAAAGAAAUUUGAAUCGAUUGAAUUACCUGAAAAGAGUUGUAUUCAGGAAACAUCGAACAAAAAUUCAGAAAAUAUAAUGCAGACAAGUAAUUUGAGAAAAACGCCAGAGAUAUUGAAACCUGAGGUUCCUAAGGAGCCUUCUGUAACAUUUUCACAGCUCAAUUUGCCAAGAUCUCCUUCUCCAGCUACAACCCCAAUGUCGCAGCGAAAUAUACAGAGGAUUCAUGAUAAAAAAGUGCAGCCCAAAUAUGGUUGGUUGUAAAUUUCAACUUUGAUAUGUUCAUUACUCGUGA